AGAACUUUGCAAGGAAGAAGCAGAAGAUUUAUUUAAUGAAAUAGAUAGCAAUACAAUAGUUGAAUUGGAACUUUCAACAAAUAUAAUAGAAUAUCUCCAAGAUCUACUCGGCGGUGAUAUUGAAAGUGCAUUGUCUAAGAUAGAAAGUCAAUUAUUAUUAUGGGUUAGAGAGCCGUAUCUUGUCCCUGCUUCUUUGCAUCAUUUACCCGAUCUUGUAAUGCACAUAACUGCUGGUGCAAUAUUCGAUGCUUAUUCCGAAGGCUAUUAG